AGCGCUCGGGCCCGCGGCCGCUCCCGCGGCGGGUCCGGCGGUGCCAGCAUGGUGGAUGUGUUCAGCGGGCGGCUCCUGGUCAGCAAGGAUGGCCGCAGCGUGGACCCCGAAGAGGCCCUGCAGAACAAAGUCGUGGGCUUGUACUUCUCCGCCGGCUGGUGCUCGCCGUGCCGCGACUUCACCCCCGUCCUCUGUGACUUCUACACGGAGCUACUGGAGGAGACCGAGCCCCCCGCCCCCUUCGAGGUCGUCUUCAUCUCCUCCGACCACAGCGCCGAGGAGAUGGUGGGCUACAUGCGCGCCAUGCACGGAGACUGGCUGGCCCUGCCCUUCCACGACCCCUACAAGCAUGAUCUGAAGAAGAAAUACAACAUAACAGCAAUUCCCAAACUGGUGAUUGUGAAACAGACUGGAGAAGUCAUUACUGACAAGGGAAGAAAACAGAUCAGAGACAAAGGGCUAUCCUGUUUCCGGAACUGGCUUGAGGGUGCAGAUAUCUUUCAGAAUUUUUCUAGCUAAAAUGUUGACAGACAGAAGCAAGAAAAGACAUAGUGAAAAAGUUAGUAGAGCUCUGAAAAUACUCUUGCUUUGUUCAGAAUGAGAAGGGUAAGACUUAUUUAUUUACCUUUGCUUAUAAAAAAAUUUUGGGUUUGACUUGAAAACCAGUUAUUCUAGUGUCAUAAAAUGCAAUUAUUUUUGUAUUGUUCUAUCUAUGAUAUUUAAAUGAAGCACAGUGUUCCAAAUAAUACUAAAGAACUUCAGAAGAAUAGGCUAUUUAGACAGUAAUAAUAGAAACCUGUAAAAUCUAUGCAAACACUUACUUUGCGAAGUCAACACAGUAAAAAUAAAUGCAAAAAACUAUUUAUUGAUGACUUUUUUUCAGGUGA